AUGCGCUUUCGUAUCGCGCUCAUUAAAAACGGCAACACAUUGGAGCGGUAUGUCGGUUGGUCGCCACUUGAUGGAAGGAUCGUUAAGGCAGGAUAUGCUGAUAUGAGUGGCAACGAGUACCGCGCAAACGAACACAGUUGUCCGAUGCUAUCUCGGAAUAUACGAGCCGCCGAAACGGCGCAUCUCGCCCGGGAGCGCGGGGGCGCGGGGCGCGGUGCGUACAUUAAAAUCGCGCCGUACGGCGGCCGAGUUUUAAUUUACACAUUAACAAAAACGGACAAGCCCAUA